AUGGCGGAGAAGGAAGCCACCAUCUUCAUCCUGGACCUUGGGUCCACCAUGGCCCAGACUCACAGUGGACGGUCAGAAUCGGAUCUCGAUUGGAGCAUGCGAUAUGUGUGGGACAAGAUUACCGACAUUGUCGCCGCCAGUCGCAAGACGCUGUGUGUUGGUGUUGUCGGCUUUAGGACUGAUGAGACCGACAAUAAGCUGCAAGAUGACGACGGCUAUGAGAACAUCGCCGUGCUGCAAGAGCUGGGACCGAUGUCCAUGUCCUCUCUGAGGAACCUGCAGUCCGUUAUUAAGCCAAGCGAGACGUGGUCGGGAGAUGCCAUUUCAGCCAUUGUUGUCGCUGUUGACAUGAUGGACACAUUCACUAAGAAACUCAAGUGGAAUCGCAAGAUCAUCCUGAUCACCGACGGCCAAGGCCCAAUGGACGCAGACGGCUUGAGCGACAUCUCUAAGAAAAUGAACGACUCAAAUAUCCAGCUAACUGUCCUGGGCGUGGAUUUCGAUAACCCUGACUAUGGCUUCAAGGAAGAGGACAAGCCCAACACCAAGGAAGAGAACGAGAAAGCUCUCAAGUUACUCGUCGAUGAUUGCCAAAAUGGCGUCUUCGCGACAAUCGCAGAGGCCAUUGAUGAGCUUGACACCCCUAGAAUCAAGUCGGUGAAGCCAUACAAAACCUACGAUGGUACACUUACUCUCGGAGAUCCCGAGAGGUUCCCCUCUGCGAUGAAAAUCAAUGUCGAGAGAUACUUCAAGACCCAUCUCGCGCGACCCUUGACAGCAAGCACUGUGGUCGUCAAGUCUGAAGGCACGGGAUUUGAGUCUACGCAGGCUGUAGAGGGUGAUGAGAUGGAGGGUGUUGAAUUUUCCGCGGUCAGGCAAGCUCGAUCGUACAAGGUCAACGAUCCUGAUGCCCCUGGUGGCAAGCGAGACGUAGAGUUUGAGGACCUUGCCAAGGGUUUCGAGUAUGGCCGGACUGCUGUGCAUAUCAGCGAGUCAGAGCACAACAUCACCAAGAUUGAGACACAAAAGAGCUUCUCAAUUGUUGGGUUCAUCCCUUGCUCAAAGUAUGAGCCUUUUCUCAACCUGGGCGAGGUCUGCGUGACAGUAGCCAGCAAGUUUGAUGCAAAGUCAGCACUCGCCCUCUCCUCCCUCGUCUGGGCACUCUCGGAACUCGAGUCGUAUGGAAUCGCCCGAAUCGUGCCCAAGGAUGGCAAAGACCCGCAGCUGGUGUUGGUAGCUCCUGGCGUGGAGCCAGACAUGGAGUGUUUGUACGACAUCCCGCUGCCGUUUGCCGAAGACAUUCGAAGUUACCAGUUCCCGCCUUUGGAUCGGGUCAUCACCGUCAGCGGCCAAACCAUCACAAAACACCGCUUCCUUCCGACAGACGAGCUCAAUGAUGCCAUGAGCGACUACGUUGAUGCGAUGGACCUAUCGAUGUAUGGCAUCGACGAUGAGGGGGAACCCGCUGAGUACGCGCCCAUCGACGACACGUUCAACCCAACAAUUCAUCGGAUCAACCACGCCGUGAAAUCUCGGGCAGUAUACCCUGAAAAGCCCAUUCCCGAUACGCCAUCGAUCUUGCUGCGAUUCGCUUCGCCACCUGAAGACUUGAUUGAAAAGGUCCAGAGCAAGAUUGAUGCGCUCGUGGAGGUGGCAGAUGUCAAGAAAGUUCCGCCCAAGGUCAAGGGCAAGCGAGGCAGAGAGGCGGUCAAGCCCAUUUCUGGUCUCGACGUGGAUGCCCUCCUCGGGGAGGAGGAGAGGAAGGAGGAGAUUGACCCAGAUAAUGCAGUCCCCGAGUUUAAACAAAUGCUGGCCGCUACCGAGGAGGUUGCCCAGAUCGAAGAGGCAGCGAAGCAGAUGGGGGCAAUUAUCACGACAUUUAUCACAGAGAGUUUUGGGGAUGCCAAAUACGCACGCGCCAUGGAGUGUUUAGGCGUUAUGCGGGAGGAGUUGACGAACCUGGAGGAGCCUGGGCUGUACAACACCUUUGUACGGGACAUGAAGAAGCAGUUGCUAUCAGGAGAUCUUGGAGGAGACAGGCGAGACUUUUGGUUCAAGGUGCGGUGGUCACGGAUGGGACUGAUUGACAAGAAGCAGUCUGAGGUAUCGACUGUGUCCCCAGAGGAAGCAGACGAGUUUUACAAGUCAAAAUAG